AUCUAACAUUUUAUCAUAUCACUGUUUUAGCCUUAAGGGGGCGGAGGACCUUAAGCCUCUACCCUACCUAAAGGUGGUGAAAUGAUUGUGUCAAAGUUUUGAGCAAUAUUCAAGUAUUGAUGCAUUGUAAACCAAAUGAAAAGGGAAUUAAUUUUUAAUAAUAGCUUAUUGAAUUUAAGUGUUUAUGACAUGAGUUUUCAUAUGAUAAGCAUAAUUAAACUGUUUAGGCAAACACUUGCCAUAUUCCAGCUAGAUGUAACUAAACAUAACUAUGAACAAUGUCAGAAUGAUUUUGAAUAUUACUUGCUAUGGCCCGACACACAUACAUACAAAUGUUGAUUCUCAUUCCUGCAAUGGAUUGGUUUUUCUUUUGAAAUUCUGCUCUAUUAUCUAUACGUAAUACAAAGAAAAAUCAGACAGGGAUUCAUUAGUCAACAGCGGUGUUGACUUGAGCAGAAAAAAAUGACUAAAUACUGAAUUAUAAUUAAAUAACAAAAACCAAUAAAGUUUUCAAAUAUGAAGGCCACAUAUGGACAAUACUUACACCGACAUUAUUGGGGAUGUGAAUUUUGUACACAUAUUGGUCUACAAUCAUAUACACUAAUGCACUGUUCAUAGCUGUGGAGUAUUCAUCUUCAUUAGGUGGAAUAUUGUGACAACUUCAAUUAUUUUUCCAAAGAGAAACAUGCGUGCCUUGACAACUCAUCAUUUGUAUCCACAGAAGUAAAAUCUCUUAAACUUUUUUCGAUAGAAUGUUGUGAGAUUAGUUUAGAUAUGUACUUUAGAGACUAAGGAUGUAUUGGGACUGAGGGUGUUUAAGAAAAAUCUAUGUAUUGUAAAAAAAUUCGUAUUAUGUAAUUCUUUAGUUGUCAUGAGAUAAUAGUUGUGAUUUUUUCUCUGAUUUUUAGAGUUUCACGAUAUAUUCUUACUAUUUACAAUUUGAUUGUGAUCUUUUUAAGUUCUAUGGCUGUUUUUUCCAACACUAACCUCUAAUGCUCCUCCAUACAUAUCGAUAUUUGACUUAUCUUACAAGUGUAACCGUAAUAUCUUACAUUGGCCUACUAACACCGUCUUACAUAGCCAAAGAGGUGUUAAAUAUUCUAGUGUAGCCGAAGAGGUGUUAAAUUCCACACUAAAUGACAAAAUAAUUUUUGGCAUAUAGUUGAGAUCAUUUUUACUUCAAAGCAAUCAUCUUGUUUUCUUCAGCCACACGUUCCAAACCACUCAGCAGCUUCAGCAAAGAAACAAUUUCUUUGAAUGGCUUCCACAAAAGGCUUGGAUGACCAUGAACCACAAAAAACCUAUUGGAGAUGGAGCAAACAAGAUUUCUUGCCAGAAGAGUCCUUUCAAAGCUGGAACAACUAUGUUUAUGCUCUUUCACAAACAUGGUUAAGGUUCAUGGAUCGUCUCCAAAGCCGAUCAGACGAUGAAACCGAGACACGAGAGCUGAAGAAACAAAGUGAGAAUGAGAUGAAAAAAUGCCUCAAUUGGUGGGACCUCAUGUGGUUUGGCUUUGGUGCAGUGAUUGGUGCUGGAAUCUUUGUGCUAACUGGCCAAGAAGCUCAUAACCAUGCUGGUGCAGCAAUAGUCUUAUCCUAUAUUGCUUCAGGAAUUUCAGCAAUGCUUUCUGUUUUCUGUUACACAGAAUUCGCUGUCGAAGUUCCAUCAGCAGGUGGUUCAUUUGCUUAUCUAAGAAUCGAAUUAGGCGACUUUGUUGCUUUCAUAGCAGCUGGAAACAUACUUCUUGAAUGCAUACUUGGAGGUGCAGCUGUAUCAAGAUCAUGGACUUCUUACUUCACAAGCCUAUUGAAUCGUCCAAAAGAUUCGCUUCGCAUCAAGACACAUCUUAAAGACGGAUACAACUUACUAGACCCUAUAGCAGUCGCUGUUCUGGUAAUCUCCGGAUUGAUCGCAAUGAUCAGCACAAGAAAAACUUCGCUUCUCAAUUGGAUAGCAUCUGCGAUCAACACGGUUGUUAUCAUAUUUGUAAUCAUUGCGGGGUUUUCUCACGCCAACACGUCAAACUUGACGCCUUUUUUACCUUAUGGAGCUAAAGGUGUAUUUCAAGCUGCUGCAAUUCUUUAUUUUGCAUAUGGAGGUUUUGACAGUAUUGCAACCAUGGCUGAAGAAACUAAAAAUCCACCAAAAGACAUACCAAUAGCCUUGGUUGGUUCAAUGUCAGUGAUCACAGUGAUUUAUUGCUUGAUGGCACUUUCACUAAGCAUGAUGCAGAAAUACACCGAGAUAGAUACAGGUGCUGCUUUUUCAGUUGCAUUUCAGAAAGUUGGAAUGAAUUGGGCAAAAUAUGUAGUAGCUUUUGGUGCAUUGAAGGGUAUGACAACAGUUCUUUUAGUUGGAAGAUUAGGACAAGCACGUUACAUCGCUCACAUCGCGCGUUCUCACAUGAUUCCUCCAUGGUUUGCUCUUGUUCAUCCAAAGACAGGAACACCUAUAAAUGCUACACUAUUGAUUACAAUUUCAAGUGCUUUCAUAGCUUUUUUCACUAGCUUAGAUGUUUUAUCAAGUUUGAUAUCAGUAAGCACACUUUUUAUUUUCAUGAUGAUAUCUAUUGCACUUUUGGUGAGGAGGUACUAUGUUAGAGAUGUUACAACAAGAGAGAAUCAGUUAAAAUUUGUUGUGUUUUUGAUUCUAAUUGUUGGUUCUUCAAUUGGAAUUUCAGCUUAUUGGGGAUUGAGGCCUAAUGGUUGGAUUGGAUAUACUAUUACUGUUCCUGUAUGGUUCUUUGCAACUCUUGGAAUGUCACUUUUUGUGAGUCAACAAAGGAAACCAAGGUUUUGGGGUGUUCCUCUUGUUCCAUGGUUGCCAUCUAUGUCAAUUGCAACAAAUGUAUUUCUUAUGGGAUCUUUGGAAUAUGAAGCUUUUAUAAGGUUUGGAAUAUGCACUUUGGUAAUGUUGAUUUACUAUGUCUUUUUUGGCUUGCAUUCAACUUAUGAUAUGGCUCAUCAACAAGAGAAGGUGCAAAACAUCAAAGUGAAUCACAUAGAGACUGCUAAGAUUGAAGGGCCUUAAUGUAAUUGUCAUUUUUAUCUUCCACAACUCAGUUUCACUAGUUAUAUUAAAUUCUACAUGCUAUUAGUCAUUGUAUUUUUAAGAGCAAUAAAGAAAUCUAAAGACAUAUAACUGAAAAUAAAUUAAGGUUUGAUAAAA